CAAGUACAUCCGGCCCUUCUCAGUUGACAGUUGUGAAAGGCGUCGCUUAAACCGAGUAGCCAGGGGAUACAUGUGUUAAUACAAUGCUCUGACGAGGCACUACGAUACAUUAUCAAGCAACAAAAGAUAUUGUUAUGGAGUCUAAUGAUUCCCAAAAUACAAUGACUCGAGUCACGAGGCAAUCAAUGAGGCAGUCUACAGCUAAAGCCAACAUUGAAGCCAGAGCACCCAUUAAGCGGACGAAGAGGGUGAUAGCAAAUGCAGCCCAUGAGGCAUUUGAGAAUUGUGAAAAAGAAACGAAUAAUGCAUCUGGAGAUACAGGGUCCCCCGAUAAGAAAAGGCGUCUGGAGGAAGACGAAGUGAUGGAUGGCGAUGAGGACGAUUGUAUGGAUGUUGAACCCGAGGCACAUCUGGAGAAACGGAAACCUCAAGAGAAGAGGUUGUCACUAGAUCCGCCUCGUCCUAGUCAACAACCAAACUCACGCCUUAUCUGUUCUGCACAAACGACUGGACCGUCUGACGUCAACAGCAUGACUUCUUCUGUGCUGUCGGAGCAUUUACAUUCGGGUCAAACCCACGAUCUAGAGGUGCAGAGAAACAAAGCAGUGGAAUCAUCAAGAAGUGAACGUUUGUCUUCUACCAAGUCUGCACAUCCACAUGGCCCACAAGAGGACGUACCCCAGAUUAAGAGCACCAAAUCGAGAAGUACAGCAGAUUAUCAGAAGCCUAUGGUCAAGGCCGUGGCCUCUGUUGUUCCCAGGCGUACCCUCUAUGUACCUGCUGUACGCUACACCAGGUCUGGGGGUUCUCACACACCACAACAGCUUUCUAAUAACGUUCCUCAGCAGAAACAACCGUUUCAACGGAAGAAUCAAGGCACAAAGAAAUCUACUAAGGAACCUGCCGUCGAGGAAACCCACGGAUCUUCCCCUCGAGGUUUCUGUUGGUAUUUAACCAGACUGGUGUGCCUCUUGCUGCUGAGCGCUGCUGUUCUUCUGGCGUCCAAGGCCCCUGCCCUCCAGGACCCCACAGGCGAUGGAGAGAACCGCGGCAAGAAAGUAAAGCUUGUCGAAUUUUCGGCCAAGUGGUCCGACCUCCAAAGCCAGUUCCCCGGCCAGCGCCUUGAGCUGUGGAAGAGGAGCAGGAUCCACCUGGAACGGCACCUCAGGAACGCCCGGCCCACAGAACCCGUCAGCCUGAUCCUGGUGGCGGGCCGCAGGGCCGAGCGGACUCUGGACUGCCUGGCCCGAGGGCUGGCAGCCGCCUUCUCCGCCGCCCACAACGCCUCCGUGCUCCACAUCGACGGAGCCGCCGCGGCCGGACGGGACAGCGACCGGGUCAAGAUGGACAUCGACGGCGCGCUGCAGGGGGCGUUCGGGGGAGGGGGCGACCGGCCCGCCGCCGUCAUCCAUCGCUUGGAGGAGCUGCCGCCGGGCUCCACGCUCAUCUUCUACCGCUACUGCGACCACGAGAACGCGGCCUUCAAGCAGGUGUUUCUUGCCUUCACUGUGCUGCUGCCCCAGGACCACGUGGAGACCCAACAGAGUCUGAAGGACGUGGAGGAAAUCGUGCAGGAUUACAUCGCAAAAAGGUUUGUGGGUUCGGGAAGCCUUGAAGCGUUUGACCGCAUGGAUGCGGACAAGCUGAGCGGCCUCUGGAGCCGAAUCUCACACCUCGUCCUGCCUGUGGCGGCCGAGAGCCAGGUGGAGCAGAACGGGUGUGGGCUCUCUCAAGAGGAGUAGAAGCCCCCUUCAGAACAGGCUUAGUCCCCGCCUACAGCCUAAAAGAACUAUGAGACCGAGUAAGUAUGCUAUUCAUGGCGUUGUCUGGUGCAGAGAUCUGCCACGCGCGUAUUUAAAAUGCGCCAAUGGAUGCAAAGCUAUGGUCCAAUUCAGCCAUGCAGAAUUCAAAUCCAUGUCGUACAACUAACGUGGUCACUAGUCGAUACAAUCAAUCAAUUACUUAUGCAUACAUUUGGCCAGUCAGGGCAAAUGCAUGAAAUAACAUGCAAUGCAAAAGUUUAAAUUAGUCUCUAUUCAUCAACAUCUUUGGUUAGGGACUGCACUUCUUACCUAAAGAAGCCUCUGGGUGGUAAUACAGUAAGUACAUUCUCCAAGAUUCCUUUCUCCUUUAGAAAAACUAGGUUGUUAUUAUGUAAAUAUGACUGCAAAAGUCAAAUUUGUCAUUUCAACUUUGCGUAUACGUUUCAUAUUGUAUUAUAUUUCUCCAUGCUUUAUUUUUGUAUAAAUACUUUGACAUCCACUGGCUUACCUUGAGGGAUUCGAAAAUAUCUUAAUUACGAUGGUGUAAUAAUUGUUAAUUAUUCAUUUCUGAUGCUGGAUUUUUAAAGAUAUAUUGGAUGCAAUGGUUAUUCCUCACAUCCCUCAAACACUGAAGUGAACCUCUCCAUUGUUCUGUUUAUGAAAACCGUCUACUUUUGAGUACCUGGCAGGACAUGAAGAGCCUCCCAAAAAAUAUAUUUAAAUAUAUAAAACUAUUUAACAGCCAGGUGGUCACAAAUGGUGCCUUACAUUUGCGUGCAUGGGGGAUGGGGUGGUAUCCUAACAUGUUCUUCAUCCCUUGGCUGAAAAUAAUUUAAUUUUUUUCUAAUAAAAUAAUUUAACCAAUUAAUUGUAACUGCAAGCGAUCCCAUCCCCCAACCUUAAUAUUUCCUAUUUCAGUUCAAUGAUCGGUGAGACAUUUAUCUUGUCAUACGAAUACCUAUUUUGAAUCAAUAAAGAUAUUUUGAUACAUA